AUGCUCAUCCCCGCUCUUGCCCAUCGCCCGCCCUUCCCCCUCAAAGUCCCCUCCCUUCCCCCUCCGCGUGACCCUCGCCCCCUUCCUCCCCUUCCUCUCUUCUUCCCCCCUUCCUCUCGUGUUCUUCCCUUCCUCUCGUCUCCUCCCCUCCUCUCGUCUCCUCCCCUUCCUCUCGUCUCCUCCCCUUCCUCUCGUCUCCUCCCCUUCCUCUCGUCUCCUCCCCUUCCUCUCGUCUCCUCCCCUUCCUCUCGUCUCCUCCCCUUCCUCUCGUCUCCUCCCCUUCCUCUCGUCUCCUCCCCUUCCUCUCGUCUCCUCAUCUCUCUUUCAUCUGAUCUCCUCUCCUUCUUCU